AUGGCUGUCAAACUGAGUAAACUCAUUUUGGAUGAACUUGAAUAUCCUAUUGAUGACGUUUAUUACUGGACAGAUAGUAUGUCAGUGAUCAGAUAUAUCGCAAAUGACACAUCACGUUUCCAUACGUUUGUUGCCAACCGUGUUAAUGUUAUUCGUGAAGCUUCACAGGUGCAUCAGUGGAAAUAUAUUGAUUCUAAGACAAAUCCUGCAGAUGCAGCUUCAAGAGGAAUGAGAAUGGACAACUUCCUGAAAGCCGACUUCUGGUUUAAUGGUCCAGGCUUUUUGUGGAAGCCUGAAACAGAGUGGCUAGAUGUUACGCCAGAGACAGAUGCAGUGAAAAUUGACAGUGAUGAUCCAGAGGUGAAGAAAACUGUUAACGUCGCUGUAGUUAGUGAGUCCUGUGAUGUUAUAGACAGACUAUUAUGUUACUUUUCAGACUGGAUGAAAUUGAAACGUGCAGUAGUGUGGAUCUUACUGGUGAUCAGACAACUGCAAACUGUGGUUAAGUAUAGAAAAUCAAAGACUAAACAAAUUAGUCUUGAUUCAGCUCAGAGAGAGGCUGACAGACAAAGAAUAAAUUAUCUGUCUAUAAAUGUACUGAAGGCAGCAGAAAUGGCUAUAAUUAGGGUAGUCCAAUGGCGCUGUUUUCUAGAGGAGAUGUUAGCUUUGAGUCAAGAAAAGAAUGGAUUCAAACAUAAUAAGAGAUCGAUAAUUCAGAAACUGGAUCCCAUUCUUCAUGAAGGAAUAAUGCGAGUAGGAGGUCGGUUAGAGAAAGCGAUAAUACGUUACGAUGCCAAGCAUCCCAUAAUCCUCCCUAAAGAAUCUCAUGUAUCAGCAUUGAUACUACAGGACAUUCAUAAAAGAAUGGGACAUUUUGGAAAGAAUGUGAUAAUGUCUGUUCUGAGACAGCAAUAUUGGAUGAUUGGAUCUGGUACUGUUAUUACGCGUCUUUUGUCCAAGUGUGUCGUGUGCAGAAAGUAUCAAGCUCGUGUUUUGGAGAAAAAGAUGGCAAAUUUACCUGCGGAUCGUUUAACGUCAGAUGAACCACCUUUCACGCGUGUUGGAAUGGACUAUUUUGGCCCUAUUCUUGUGAAGCGAGGAAGGAGUACAGUUAAACGAUAUGGGAUAAUCUUUACUUGUUUGGCUAUUCGAGCUGUACAUUUGGAAAUGGCAUAUUCUCUGGAUAUGGAUUCAUGUAUAAACUGUGUUAGGCGGUUUAUUGCUAGACGAGGUCCGUGA